ACCACACAAGAGGAGGGGAUUUUGUAUCACUGUAAAGCUUUGAUUUGGGGCCAAUUUUUUUGCCCCAGCUUACUUACAAGCCAAAUGAUUCAUUUCGUGCUUCUCAUCAGCCGUCAAGGCAAAGUGAGGUUGACAAAAUGGUACUCCCCUUAUUCCCAGAAGGAAAGAUCCAAGGUAAUUAGGGAGUUGAGUGGAAUCGUGUUGAAUCGAGGCCCCAAGCUCUGCAACUUUGUGGAAUGGAGAGGACACAGAGUUGUAUAUAGACGGUAUGCAGGAUUGUAUUUCUGCAUGUGCAUUGACGAGGCGGACAAUGAACUAGAGGUUUUGGACAUCAUUCAUCACUUUGUCGAGAUUCUUGAUCGCUAUUUUGGCAGCGUGUGUGAAUUGGACUUGAUCUUCAAUUUCCACAAGGCUUACUACAUAUUGGAUGAGGUACUGAUUGCGGGAGAGUUUCAAGAAUCGAGUAAAAGAACAAUUAUAAGAUUGUUGUCUACCCAUGAUUCCAUGGUGGAGAUGGCUAAGGAGGAAGCGACUUCCAUCGGCAAUAUGAUUGCACAAGUUACCAAAUGAACAGGCCCAGCUGCUGCAGUGAAGACCCCAAAAAAGCCCAAUUCAGUGUUGGAGCAGUAAGAAAGAAGAUUGCGGCCCGACUGUUCGGAAAAUCGACGACGAAUAUUUUUUUUUUUUUUUUUUUGGUAAUGCUGAAACAUAAUAACUAAAUCUGUAAAAUCUAGAAACAUUUUCCUUUUGCUGUAGAAGGGCAAAAAACGCAAAAUCAUAUGAUAUAAUUUGUAUUCUUUUCAAGGUAAAAUGAAACCAGAAAAGUUCUCUCAGCUCAGCUGUCCAGAGUAACA